ACUGCUUUAGAUAAUGGAGUCUGUUACGGUAGAUCUGGAGUCGGCAGAAACACCCAGCGUGCAAACCGAAAAUGCUGAAAACAUUGAGAAAACUGAAACGCGAAAAGAAACCGAAACAAUAGAAUUUGAUAACAUUGAUCCAAAGGAAUAUGGCAUUGAAAUUGAAGAGGAUGAAUUUCAAUAUGACCCGUUGGUGGAGGACGACACUCUGCCUGAUUUGUACAACCUGCUGGAGACUCUGCAGAGUGGCGAUACUGACCUCGAGGCGCAGCGCCAGCCGCCGUCACUCUUCACUCGGCCAGAACAUGUUCCAAACUACCAGAAAAUAUCAGAACUGCGGCUGGAGAUUGAAGAGGCCAAACUUGGCCCAUACCUGGAGGAUUUUGCCGAUGGUGUGAAGGAUGACGUCGUGUUGCUGGGAGAAAUCUCCCUGGACGAGAUACAAGAUGAAGAACGUCGUUUACGAGACGAACACAUUGCGUAUCAGGAUCAAGAAGCAGUACGUUCCCGACAGACUGAGGAGAAACUGUUACGCCUUGAAGAAGAGGUUAAGCUACGAGUUGCCAAGUUUACCAAGGAGAAGCGUGAAGACAUAGCCAGACGGGAGGAACUCAUGAAACAGCGGGAGAAGUUGCUGCUUGAUCGACUUCAUAAAGCAUUCAGGCGUGCCGAGAGUCGACUGGUUGGAACUCUUGAAAGCAGGAAGGGAGCAGUCAAGACAUUGUAUGGUGACCUGAUGCUGGCUGAAGGUCAGUAUGGAGGAAGCAGAGGUCGAAGGUGGAAGGUCGACUGGGAUCGAACUCCGCAGCCAAUCCAGGUCAAACUGAAAUGUCUCCGAGGGGUCAAGGACAAGCUGCCAGCGGGCCGCUAUGUUAUGAUGGUGUCACUACACAACCGACUGGGAGGUCAUGUGAUGCGCUGGUCCAAGUUAAAGGGGCAGCAAUGGGGAGGUGCCACUUUGCCAGUCUUCCACGAGGGAAACUUCAGUAAUGUAGAAAUGAAGAUAGAUCAGAGUGUGUUCACUGUCCUGCCCGCCAAGCCGUCACUGCGACCCGGGUUUAUUCUUGUCUUUGAGCUGUUUCUACUGCGAGGGUCUGUUGUCCACACAGACCGGGUGGUGGGCUGGGGAUGUUUCCCUAUCUGUGAUGGACAGUUUGACAUUAUCGAGGGCAAAUGCCGAUGUCCAUUUCUGCGAGGUGAGAUGGAUGCUAACAUUGACAAGCACGACAAGAUUGAAGAGCUCAUGGCAUCAGACAUGGAUCACUGGCUGAGCAACCUCUACUUUGAAGUGGUCAAACUGCCACGAUACCUGGCAGGACAGAAGGAGUAUGAGGUAGAGCUGCAGUUUACAUCCGCACUCACCGGGUAUCCGGAUCGGGUGAAAACAGGCUGGGAGGAGAAUAAAGAUGGAGAAGACCCACUCCCGGGUUCUGUGUCCGAUGUUGGGUCAGACGGGCAUGGCACAGGCCUGUCUCAGCUGACUCUAACCAGUGGAGAUCUGGGGACGGAGAAUGCCACCAACAGAUCUGAGGCGGCUCCAUCCAAAGUGAGACUGUUGGAACAAGACUCCGAGUCAAAGGGCCACCACACGCCAGCGACUACGAUCAUGUCGCGAGUCAUCACAAAGGACAACAAGAAGCUGAAGCUGGAGGACUCGUCUGACGCGGAGAGUGACGCGGAUUCCGUGGAUGACGCGUACGUCAUGAAGACUCAGGAACACUUCAAACCUGUGAAGGGCAUGCGCGGCAUGUACUACAAGCGUUACCUGACGAACCCAGCCGACGUAUACUACCGACGGAUGUACUCCAUGCUGCCCAAGACGGAGCUGCUGGUUCCACAGAAAAAACGCAAGAAGCUCACCCAUCUGGAGCAACUGGAGAAGUUUUCAUUCGGAGUUCAGCCCCCGUUCACAGGUAAAGGUCACAUGGCCCAGUACAGCCAAGAGAAGCUGAAUUACAUUGAGCGUCAGUUCCUGGCAGAGCUUGGACUGUCCCAGUGGCGGAGCAGGGAAUUCUGGGGCAUGCUGCUCAUGUUCAUCGUGGUGUUCUUCAUACGCAUGUUCCUCCACUACCUCGGGCAGUGGGCCUUCCUCAGCGCCAUCGAAAUACCUGUCAACAAAUUUAACUUCCUCCCGUACACGGUUGAUCUCAACUAUCAGCCGACACUGCUGCGGGCUAGAGAAGAGAUAGCCGUGGUCAUCUUCGGACCGAUGAUUAACAUUGUUGUGUUUUCCAUGCUUGUCUUCUUCGCCUGGUUGUGUCCGAAGAUCUUCAACACAUUUCCCGACCUGUUCUCCAAGCUUGUCAUCAACUACGGGCUGGCCACUCUACUCGAUCCCCUCCUCAUUCUCAUCAUUGACUGCAUACUGCAGCGAUACACUGAUCAGGCCACAGAGCCAAUAGGUGACUUCGCCAAGCUGUACUGGAACUUCUACAGAUCACAGGGGUCGGGCCUGGCGGGGAUCUUCAUUACGAUCUUCCUAUACGUGUUCACCUCCUUCAUCACCGCAUCCAUUCUCUACAUGUACUUCCUCCGGCUGCACAAUAAUGGACGCAUGUUGGAUAUCUUCUGGAGACUUCACGGAGAAGAGGAAAAUUUCUUCAUACCGUAUGAUCUUGAGCUGUCCAAUCAGGAGUUGUCUCACAUCUGUCGCAAGGCCGAGCAGUGGAGGGGGGAAGAGGGUGAACGUCGCAAAGUGGCCAUCUAUGAUUAUAUCUGGGAAGAGGAGGAGGUUGAAGAAAGCAUAUGGGAUGAGAAUGGGGAGGAAAUCCAGCACAAACAACAAGGCAGAAAGGAGAUCACUACCCACGUCUCCAUCCACACACUGCACCUUGACGGACUGCGCGAGUUGUACCGACACUUCCUGCGACUGCCAGACGGCGCCAUCGUAGAGGUGUUUGGAGACAUGUCUGUGCCCGGAAUGGAUCGAGAUGUGAAGAAAGCACUAGAGAAAGGCUCCCACGGUUUGGAUAAUCUGCUUAGUCAGGCAAAAGUUCGAGGCAGACGCACGGUGAAUACCAGCCAUGGUUUCCGUGACGAUACUCUGAGUCCGGGACUGAGUUCAUCACCCACUCCCAGCAGUGCCGGGUCGUUUGUGGAUAAAAAACACAUGUAACCACCAGUCUGAGCAGCACUGUCAGUGUCGGUGGAGUAGACGUGCUAGGCAAGCCAGCAAAUGUGUUUAUAGCCUAGUAACUUUCAAUACUAGCAGUUCACAUCACUGGUACCCAUGUUGUAAGUGUUUAUAGCCUAGUAACUUUCAAUACUAGCAGUUCACAUCACUGGUACCCAUGUUAUAAGUGUUUAUAGCCUAGUAACUUUCAAUACUAGCAGUUCACAUCACUGGUACCCAUGUUAUAAGUGUUUAUAGCCUAGUAACUUUCAAUACUAGCAGUUCACAUCACUGGUACCCAUGUUGUAAGUACAAACCUGCUAUUAUACAAUUAUGUAAACUUGAUUCUUACGGCAUGAGGUGACUAAAAAACUUACGGCAUGAGGUGACUAAAAAACUUACGGCAUGAGGUGACUAAAAAACUUACGGCAUGAGGUGACUAAAAAACUAAAUGCUAUCCUUUGAUAAAAUGCAGAAAGUAAUGUCAUUACAGAACAUGGGACAUCAUUUUCAUGAUCAUUACUUAAUACAGAUCAUGGAAAUGAUGAAGAAAUAAUUUAUUAUAAUACAUGUAACUGGAUUUUAUAUUCCCCUCCCAGGUCCACCCCAGGACUAUACAUUGUUUUGACCUGUUAAUAAUCUGAGUGUUAAUCUUGUUACAUGUAAGUAACGAAAUGUGAUAACUUAAUGAAAAUUGUUAAAGAUACAAAACAGUUACCAGUAACGGUAUGUUUUAAAAAUGUUUAUUAUUAAUUGUACUUUAAAUUUAAAGUAGCAGUACACUGUCAGAUGUUUAUUACUAAGGCUGAAAACUUUGUUACUGUUUCAUUUUAACUUUAAUACAGCUUUUGUAAAUAUUAAUAUAAUCUUGAAAUGUGCUGUCUUUAUAAUUACCAAGUUUUUUAUUCUCUGUUGAAUUAUUUCACUUGUCAGCAACGGUUUUGUUCAAUUUCUGAACAAAGCUGUCAGUUACCCAUCUGAAUUAAAAAAAAUAUUUUAAUUCUAGAUGUCAUUUUAUGUUUACAUUAUUUCUUGUUUGAUUUUUAAAGUUUUGUUGUAAUUGGGAAAUGAUUACAGCAAAACAUUAUGGUUAACCUUUUAAUGAAAUAAAGUUAAAACCAGACACAAAAAUAUUUUGUCAAGUUGUAGUAAUUUUUCAGAUGACAAAAUUAUGUACCAUCGACGUCCCAAACUGCGUUCACCUAACGACAAAAACACGAAUACAAUAUUUACGGAAAUAUUAUUCUACAUUUUUCAGCUAUGA